UGCAUAACUGAUAAUCGUGUAACAGUAGGAAACGAAAAGGACCCUUUCCCUUCCUCUCUUUCUAGUGAGACCCGUAAGCUUCCUUCUGGUCCUCGUAAGAACAUUCCCUCUAAGCACUGCACACAACGGAUACGGGGGAGAGAAAGACACAUAUACACACACACUCAUACAGAGAGAAAACUUCGGAACCAUCACCAAGAUUAUCGUCUCGAGCAUUGCGUGGUUUGUUUCUGGUACGGCUGUGGCUUGCUCGCGAAGAGGGGUUUCUUUCUCGUCGUAGGGUGUGAAUUAAUAGGAUUUCUGGCUUUAGGAAGGGGUAUGCGAGGAUGAGUUUUUGGUUGGGUUAGGGUUUGAUUAGAUUGAGGUGCAAGAAACCGAAAGCAGAGAGCUGGGGUUGGGAGCACUGCAGGAAGAAUCGCUUAAUUCGUUAACGGAUUGAGCUUAUGAGGGGUGGAAGAAAGGAGGAGGGAAGUUUGUGAGGGGUGGCGGGUUUGGGGUUCAUGUUGCGGUGGUAGUUUGAGUUUGAGUUUGAGUUUGGUGAUGGCGAUGGUGAUUGCAAUUGUGAUGGCGAUGGGGAGAGGGGGUUGUAGCAUUGGUGGUGAUGAGAAGGGAUGUCGCGGUGAGGUAUUUCUGUGGAGGGCGUGAACCGGAGUUAGGGGUGGUGAUACUGUUGGUUCUUGGGAUGGCGAUGUGCUGGGCAACCUCGGGAGUUGUUCAUGAGGCUUGCGUAGGACGGUCGAUGGAAGGAUGCUGUGGAGGUGGCAAUAUGGUUGUGAAGAAGCGCUGUUUUGCUCAUGAGUUUUGUGGACGUGUAAGCUAGGGUAGAGUUUCGGGUGGGUUGUAGAUGGAGGGCGACCAGUCAGAUUGUGUAGAAAAUGUGGGUUCCUUUCGGCGCGGAGAACAUAGGAGGAUCUUGAGUGAAGCAUUGCGAACUGAUAAAACCUUCAGGAUAUCUAGGCGGGGAGAUGCAGACACUGGGUACUUCAUGGUAUCUGGGAAGUGAGAAUUGGUGACGCAGUCACUUCAUCAUCGCAAGAGAAUAUGGGGUAAUUUACACGGAUUUAGUUUUUCUGUUUACUCUUUAAUUUGGAGUAGUUUAGUGUCCAUCACUAUCUUCUUGCUUCGAAUGCAGUCUGCGUAGGGCAUCAGUAUGCCCACGAAUGCCCGUAGAUCGUAGGCAAUGUCAGCAAUAUAGCAUCAUGAGAGUACAUUCGACAUGGAGGGAAGCUUUUGAUGUGAUUGGGAUGAGAGGAAUGGAUAGGAAUGGCAAUGUCGGUACGAUGGGAGAGAGAUCGGGUUAUGAUAGUUUCCCCAUUGUGUACAAGCGAAAGUUUAUGAAUUUGGAUGCCCUAGCGGAUCCAAAGCCGCCGCGACCUUCACCUAUUCUAAACGACGACUGCAGGUCUGCCGAUUUCGCAGUCGUUCAGCGGAAUGUCUCAUCGCCGCAGCAGAGGCAGUUGACAGUGGAGCAGUUCUGGGGUGAUCAGACUAGCUCAAAGGUUGUGGACCGAAUUUCUCUUAUGAACAAUGCGCGUGAUGAAGUGCCCGCUGUUGUGUCAUCUCCCUUGCAAUUUGAAGAUUUGGACUUCGCAAGACCUGCUUGUGAAAACAAGGCCAUAAUGAAGCUUAAGCCUGUGGAGAAGCGUUUAGCUAUUGAUUUGAAUAGAAAUCCGGAUUUUGAGAAAGUACAGAUUGUGGGGAGAAAGCAGAUGGACAGACUAAAGGGCAUGCGGAAAGCUGGCCCGAAUCUGGAGGGCAAACUGCCUCAUUCAACCAGCGAGGAGCUUAAUAAGAAACGACGAAUGGAAAGGCCACCAAACGAAGGGGUGAAGAGAGGGAGAUAUGCGGGAAGAUAUCGGCCAGGUAAACGGCCCAAACUUGUUUUGGGUAGGAACCAUAAACUCGAAGUGGACUAUCAUACAGGUGCUAAACAAGAGUCUCCUUGGUCUGCCGAUUUUCUUCAAAUCAAUGGAAAGGAAGAGCGAGCAUACCCAGCUGUACGACCACAUAUGCAUUCUGUGGAAAGGAGUGCACUCCCAGUGCCCUGGAACGAGGAUGGAUCUAGUUCCCAAACGCAAACCGAGGACGACAUGCCAGCAAGAAUUGAUAAUGGGCAGAUUAGGCGAGUACAGCAGCAGGGGGUUUCAAGCGAGGCAACUCAAAGUGAAACAGCUACUGAGACAGAUUCGGAUUUACCACGCUUGAAUAGAGAGGAUCAGGCAAAGCGCUUUAAUUGUAAUGAGCAAGAAAAAGAGGAAGAAGAAGAAGACGAAGAUGAGUCUGAUUAUGAUCGAAUUCCGAUAGAUUUAAAUGUUCUCCCAGAACUAUUAAUGAGUGCAAGGUCACGGAGGUGGAAGCGUGCGCAUGGGCAGAGGAAUGAAUCACAGAAAUGUAGAAGACCCGCCCUCAAGCGUGCUGAGAUUCAUCAGCAGCUACAGCCAUUGGACCAGAAGAAAGCUGUCCAGGCUAACCAGGUCGUGAAGUCUUUGUGGCCUCUACCACGUGGUCCACAGCCACAUGAUUCACAUGAAUCUCUGUCGAAUGAAGGCGCUACUGAUCUCGUCACCUCAAAUCCUGUUAAGUAUGUAUCGCUAAAACAUUUGCGAAAUCCAGUGGGGCGUAAGAAAGCGAAUGUCCAGUUUGAAUUGGGGGAGUCAAUGACGGUAGUGGAUCAAAUUUCGAAAGUUAGUACGGUCAAGAUUGUUCAGCCUGAAGUGCCGAGAGCGCCACUGUUGAAAAGAAUGGCGGAACCUAGAUUGAAGAAAUCAGAAGUUUCACCUCCAGUUCAUUUAGAAGCCGACGGAGUUGCUGGUGCGAAACACACUGUGGUGAGGCUAUCUUCCUCAUCUGAAGAGACUGAAAGUGACUGGGAGCAGGAAGUUAAUCGUUUCAGGGCAGUACCAAGACCCCAACGGGUAGAGCCGCAGGGGCAAUCUUCAGGUUUUCUAUUUAAUAGAACUGCUCUAGCGGCCAAGGAUUCUGGUUUGGCUCAACCGAGAAGAGACGUAGGAGACUGUUCUGUUACCAACAAGGCAAUGCCUGGGAAAUUGUACACUAAUCUUCAUGUCAAUAGAAUAGAGAGAGAUGCUGGUUUUCUAGGAAAUGUAGGAUUAUCCGGGAAAUCAUUAUUGGUUGCUGAUCCUUCAGACGACUCGGAAACGGAGAGUGAUAAUGAAUUAAUAUGUCUGGGGGUUAAUCCCCCUAAGUGCUUUCCAACACUGCUGAAGGCAUCACAAAUUGGUAUAAACCAGCAGAAUGGUGAAAGAGGAAAGAGCUUUGGACUUCUGAAGUCUACAUAUGUCAAGAAACCUGAGAAUGGGAUGAGUGAUACGAGUAAUGUGCAAUUCUCGUCUGUUACCCUGAGGAAUAGCAGUAUUACUCCAGUUAGCUCUCCUGUUAGCAAUGUCGGAGGGUUCUCAACAUCGAAACAGCCUGUAGGAUUGUUGUCCGGAGAAGUUGAAAGAGCCAAGAUUAUCAGAUCACCGCAGGUGAGACCACUAGUAAAUGGAGUUGGUAGUAACAGAGCAGAUUCCAAAUUCUCACUACAUCCCUCGCGAAAGGAUAGAAACCAAAAGAACAGUGGCGGGUCUGUACUCCAAGGUGGUGCGAAUGAUGGUUUUAGACAUUUUGAUGCGGCUAAGGGCUCUGAAGUAGUUUCAGAAGCUCAUUACUCGGGCUCUUAUUCCGUAUUAGCCAGCAGCCUUAAUAACCCAGUGAAACUGAGAACGAAGAAGCCUGUAAUUCAAAAUGGUGCGGUUGUAGCUGAUUCACUUGUGAAACUGAGAACAAAGAAAGCCCGAAAUAUAAAUGGUGAAGUUGUAGGGGCGCAGGGCCAUGCUGUUUCCAGCAAAAUGAAUCCUCGGACGAGAAAGCUUACUCACACUAUGCAGAAAUUUGUGACUCAGAAAGCAAAUAGACGACAGUGGAGGGAAGUAGACUUGAGCAAGAUUGAUCCUAAGGCCUUGAUAGGCCGAACUUGCAAAGUAUUUUGGCCCUUGGACAACGAUUGGUAUCCAGGAGUCAUCCACGACUACAAUCCUCAAACCAAGAUGCAUAGGAUUGAUUACAAUGAUAAUGAGAUUGAAAUGGUGUUGAUAUCGAAGGAGCGAUGUAAGCUGAAACUGUCUCCUGAAGAGUGGGUUGAGCUUGAGACCUCUACCCGUGAUCAGGCAUUGAAUAGAAAUCAUCUGGGUCCAGUUGAGAAGGUAACAUUAGCGAAUACAGUCGAAGAUCAAGAGAAGUUAGUUCAUGGGGAUCUUGUGUGGGCCAAAGUGAAGGGGUGGCCCAUGUGGCCAGCAUUUGUCAUGGAUGAGGAUCAUGCAGCUGCGUGUGGUAUGGAGCCUGGCAAGAAGGGUAUGGUUCCUCUUCAAUUUUUUGGCAGCUACGAUCAUUGUAGGUUCAGUUACAAAAAGUUGGUGAUCUUUUCGAAAGGUUUGAUGAUGAAGUUCCAUACCAAGUGUAAGCGGGUGGUUUUUGUACAAGGACUGGAGGAAGUAGAGAGGUAUUUGAAAGAAUGCAAGCUUCCUGAUAGCAUGUCCCACCUGCUUGAUGAUGGGGAUGGUGUGCAUGGGGUAAUUGAGAGACAAAGGCAGGAAAUUGAGGAGAACUGGCCAGAGCCAGAGCCAGAGCCAGAUGUGCAAGAAGGUGGUGGUGAAGGCAAAAGAAUGAGGAGAAGGCGAGUCAAGCGCGUCGUGGCUUUUCCUCUUCAGUUGGGUGCACUUACGAUUCUGAGCCUUGGGAACGUUGUGAGGGACAGCGAGCAUUUUCAUGAUCAGCAAUAUAUUUGGCCCGAAGGCUACACAGCAGUGCGUAGCUUUCCGUCAGCUAAGGACCCUGAUGCUUUUGUCGAGUACAAGAUGCAGGUGUUCAGGGAUCCCAUAAUACAGUCGCUACCCACGUUUCGUUGUACUCCUGGAGACGACACUCCUGUUGAAGGUCCGUCUCCCUAUUUAUGCUGGAAAAAAGCUUUCCAGAGGCUGCGAAAGGCUCAUAUGAAAAUGGGAAAAAAUCCUGAGCUGGACAAGCGGAUGCAGUACAGAUCUGCUGCACAUAUGUUUGGAUUUAGUAAUCCCCGAGUUUCAAAGUUGAUUCAGGCCCUUCCAGGCGCAAGAGCUUGCACAAAAUUUACCAAUUGGACAGUAAUUGCCCCAGAUGAAGAUGUGGAGGCUGUGCUACCCGCGGGUUACAAACCUGUUCACAUAUCGUGGAAGCAUCUGGACCGCUGCACAGUUUGUUACCUUGAUGAAGAAUACGUUGACAAUCUUCUGCUGCAAUGUGACAAGUGCCGGAUUAUGGUGCAUAUGAAUUGCUACGGAGAGCUGGAACUUCCGGAUGGAGAUUUAUGGCUGUGUAACUUAUGCAGACCUGAUGCGCCCAAGACCCGACCUCCUUGUUGUCUUUGUCCUGUCACGGGUGGGGCGUUGAAGAAGACAAUAGAUGGUCGCUGGGCUCAUUUAAUGUGUGCUAUGUGGAUACCUGAAACAUGUCUUGUAGAUGUUAAACGAAUGGAACCUGUGGAUGGAAUUAACGCAAUCAGCAAAGAACGUUGGAGGCUAACUUGCAGCGUAUGUAAAGUACCUUAUGGUGCGUGUAUAAAAUGCUCCGUGAAUAGUUGUAAAACUGCUUUUCAUCCUCUUUGUGCUAGAUCAGCUGGCCUUUACAUGGAGGUUCUGGAAGAGAAGCUGCAGGUGAAUGGGGAAACAGAGUUGCGGCUGCUUUCUUACUGCCGGAGACACAAGCAAUCAACAAGUCCAACUUGUGACGUUGCUCAACCAAUCCCAUGUGCUAAGACUGAUUGCUUGUCAUACCAACCUCCCUUGACAUCCUCUGGCUGUGCUCGGAGCGAGCCUUACAAUGCAGCAGCAAGACGAGGGCGUCGAGAACCUGAAGCGCUUGCUGCAGCUCUUGCGAAGCGCUUGUUUGUUGAGAAUCUCCCAUAUAGAGUUACUGGUUGUAGACAAAAUCCCCCAUUGAAGAUAGGAGACUGCAGUAGUAAAGGAAAUAUGGGGUACAUGCUAUGGGAACCCAGUAAAGGAACUAUUGGUGGAGAGGAUCUCCCUGUCUCUACUCCUACAAAGUCUGGUGAAGAUGUUCAGGUCUUGUCGAUGUCAGACAAGUUCCGUAGAAUGAAAUCAUCUUUGAGCCAGCGCCUUGUAUUCGGCAAGUCAGCGAUUCACGGGAUGGGAGUGUUUACAAAACAGGUGCACUAUGCAAAUGAUAUGAUUAUCGAAUAUGCAGGUGAAGUUGUGAGGCCUGUAAUUGCUGACAUCAGGGAAAGGAGAUUCUAUGACUCACUUGUUGGAGCAGGAACCUAUAUGUUUCGAAUCGAUGAUGAGCGUGUGGUAGAUGCCACUCGUGCUGGCAGCAUUGCACAUCUUAUCAAUCAUUCGUGUGAACCCAAUUGUUACUCGAGGACUGUUACAGCCAGUGGAGAGGAUCGGAUUAUCAUUUUUGCGAAGCGGAACAUUGAGAUUGGAGAGGAGUUGACAUAUGAUUACAGGUUCAUGUCGAAGGACGAAGUUCUUACCUGCUACUGCGGGUGUGCUGGGUGUAGAGGAUCUGUCAAUGUUGUGGAUAGUGAUGGGGAUCCUACAAAAUUGAGUGUACCACUAUCAGAAUUGAUAAAGUUGCCUGCAACAACACGAGGACACACACAUUAGAAUUCUCUCAUGCAACUGCUACCUUACAGUUUCUUGAUUCAGCGUGCUUAGGCCCUCUUCGCAUAUUGGUUUCAGAAGGUGCUAUAAUGGUUUCCUACACUGAACGACUACAACCAGCUCAAGUUGGACAUAGCUUGGAGGCGGGUGCAAACCCAGCUAGAAACAAGAGGAGCUUACUCUGGAGAUCAACACGAGUUGAACACUCCAUGUCUGAACAAUUAUGCAUCUGGGGCUGUAGCAAUUUUUAGGGCUGCCAUGUAUUGGGCACUAUUCAACAUUGAAUUUGGACCUCCUGCUCUGCAUGAUUGAAGGCCACCCAUGUUUUUGGGUGCAACAGACUUCCAAGAGCGAUGAUAAUUGCAUGGCUUCUUCUAUGAA